CCUCUGACGUCAUCCAGCUACGCGCGAAAUUUUGAUCUUUUUGUUCCAAAAACAAAACAAGUGUCCAGAGAAGAAGAGCCGCCGUCCCGUUCCCGCCUCAUAACACACAUAGCAGCGUUCAGAGAUGUCAGAGUUGGGCUGCUACUCUCCCAGCUUUAAAAAACCGUCCGAUGUUUUGCGGAUGAGACGGAAGCGGGCGCGGAGUGAAGGACCCGGUAGAAACCCGUCGAGUCCGGCGGUGUCGUUGGAGGGAGUCCGGCCGUUCUCUCCAGGGCCUCUGUUGAACGCUCCGGGCCCGACGAGCGGCGGGGUGAAACGCAGGAAUCCGUUCGCGAACAUCGAGAACACUUACAACAGUCCUAAAAAGAGAACUUUAUCACACACCGACUGCGAUAAUGGCGCUCUGGACGGGAAAUCAACAGAAGAUCGUUCAAAAUCUUCAUUGAGAGAAGAACUGUUCAAUACUGAUUUACAAAAACAACACGGCAAACAGCUGCAGAAGCCCUUGUCCAUUUCUGAAGAUGAGUCUUUGUUUGAAGAGGAUCUGUUUGAACCAGAGAAAUCCACUCCCAUAUUAAAGAGUCCAGAAGCACAUGUGGUUUGUGACGUGGCUCCUUCUGAAGUGUGUCUGGAGUUCCCGGCAGAUUGGUCUCUGAAGACCCGUCUGCUGUUCACGUCACCACAGUCUUUCUCUUGGGCCGAACAUCUGAAAGCACAGGAGGAGGCGCAGGGCCUCAGCUCGCACUGUAGGGCCGAGUAUGCCAACUUACCAGCUAAUAUACAGGAGCCACGGGGCUGUGCGGAGCUGCGGUGUGGUUUUCAGCAGUGUUUACAGUACUGGCAGCACCCGUCUCUGCCCUGGCUCUCUCUCUUCCCACGGAUCGGCGCAGAGCGCAAAUUCUCUGGCAAAAGCACGCCGUGGGCACAAGAUGCUGCACUGCAGCAGAGCCUGAUGAGUGAUUGGUCUGUGAGUCUGACUUCUCUGUACAGUCUUCUGAAGGCUCGACUGUGUCCGUAUUUCUACCUGUGCUCGUAUCAGUUCACCGUGCUGUUCAGAGCAGCUGGUCUGAGUGGAGCUAAAGGCAUCACUGCACUGCUGUCUCCCACAACCAGAGGGCUGCGAGAGGCCAUGAAGGCCGAGGGAAUAGAGUUCUCGCUCCCUCUACUGGAGGAGAGGCGAAAGAAUAAAGAGCACAGCAGCUCAUCUCAGAUCAGUGAUGGCACUCAACAAACUGAUGCAGACGAACACACCAGCACUGAAUGUAAUGUGCACAGUGAAAAUGAUAACGAGGAGGAUGAUGAUGAUGAUGAUGAUGAUGGUGGAUUUUCAUGGCUGAAGGAGAUGGGUGUCCAAGACAAGAUCAAGAAACCUGAUGCCAUUUCUAUCAAACUUCGUAAGGAGCACAGAGAGGUGCGGUUAGAUCACAGACCGGAGUCGGUGGUUUUGGUCGAGGGUUCUAACACCUUCACUCUUCUAAACUUCCUGAUUAACUGUAAGAGCCUUGUGGCUGCGGCCGGAUCUCAGGCUGGACUUCCUCCAACACUUCUGGCUCCUACAGCCUUCAGAGGGGCCACACUGCACACGCUCAAGGCGCGCUCAGUGAAUGUGAAGACUCGGGUGAGAACGGGUUAUCAGGACGUGUGCAGCCUGGAGGUGACAGGAGCCAUCAUGCCUCACACGUUGCACGCACUGAUACAGCUCCUGAAACCCGCUCAGAGAGGAGACUUCAGUGUAGCGCUCUACACACACGAACCUACCGCCGUACUCAACGUACCCAUCAGCCAAACAGCUGAACAACAACAACUGGAGGCUGUAGUCCAGGAUCUGGGAAGAUGUGGUCUACAGCAGAGUACCGUGCAACAGCUGGCAGCACCAACCUUGUUGGGCAAGAAUGCACUCAGACAGCUACACAUGAGAGAGCACUCAUACAGCUGGAAGUCCUGAGAAUCACACAGAUUUCACCUCCUCCUGUACGGCCUCCACAUUCACUGAAAAUAUUUAAAGAGGACUUGAUGGGGCUAUUAAUAUCUGUUGGCAUAUCAAACUGACGGUGGCAUGGUAGCUUACAAUUAGUGUACAGGCUUACACGAGUAGCCGCUGUUUUUUAAACGAGUACCUGUGUGCUGGAAUGGAAUGUAGAAUUAGAUUUUAACUGUUUUUAUUCAGGGUCUUUAGCUAUUAAUGUACACUGUCUCUGAAUAUGUGGACUCUCACAGAUAGCCAGCUGUUAUUUCUUUUUUUAAGUUUUAAUUUUAUUUGUCAUUUUUUUUAUGGAGUGGAAUGAAAGAAACUAUUUGCCUUUUUAAAGAAGUGCAUGUGAAAUAUAUUCAUGGGGAUGUUUUGACUUCUCACUUGUAUGGAUUUAUAAUAUUAUAUUAUUUGAAAUAUUUCUUGCUUUGUAUUUCACAGAAAUGUGAGUGCGGGCAUGUGUAAAUCAAAAGGUUUUAAGGUGAGCAUUUGAGUGUUGUUGUUUUUUUUUGUUUUUUUUGUUUUUUUUGUUUUUUUAAGAAAUGUGUAAUAAAUUUAAGCAAGCAAAGUAUUUACAAACCGGUAUUUUCCUUACAAAAUAUACAAUUACCAUGUAUCAUGGUACAAUGAAGUUACCAGAUGGCAAAAUCAUGUAGUGUGAAAUAUAUGUUGAUAUAUAGUUAAAUAGUGUAAAUGUAUAGGUAUUCAUGUUCCAUGGUAUUUGCACUGACUGUUAUCCAAGAUACUUCAAAGAAUACUAUGGUAAAACGUCUUGGAAAAAAAUAGUACAAUGGUACUUUUUGGUAAAAAAUCAAAGGUUUUGAGUUUUAUUUUUUUUAUUAUUAAUUUAAUUAAACUUCAAAAACACACACAUAUAUAUAUAUAUAUACACACACACUACUGUUCAAAAAUUUGGGGUCACUUGCCUGAAAAGUUUCUCAUGAGCUUAACCUUUUGAUCUGAAGGCGAAUGCUUAAAUGUUUGAAAUUAGUUUUGUAGGCAAAAAUAUAAUUGUGCCAACAUAUUUAUUUCAUUACAAAACUAAAAUUUAAUUAAAAAAAAACAUUUUUUAAAUUGAUGACUUGGACCGAAUAAUAAGUGACCAGCAUAUAGAUGGAACUCCUUCAAUAAUGUUUAAAAAGCAACCCAGGGUGAUACCUCAAGAAGUUGGUUGAGAAAAUGUCAAGAGUACAUGGGUGACUACUGAAGAUGCUAAAAUAUAACACAGUUUUGAUUUAUUUUGGAUUUUGUUUAGUCACAACAUAAUUCCCAUAGUUCCAUUUGUUAUUCCACAGUUUUGAUGACU